AUGGCGCACCUCGCAACCACUGACUUCUUGCAGCAGCUGAAGGCGAUCUACCCAUCGAAAGGCGCACUCACUCCUGAGACUGUCUUAUCGAAUCCAUGGUACCUCGUUGCAGCGGUUGCCUUCAGCGCGAGCAACAAGGCCGAGGCGGUUCCCCUGGUCUUCGCUUUCGUGCUCAGCGAGCUCAAGCUGGCUCAGGGCCGGGAGAGCGAGACGGAGAAGGCGCGCGAGCAGCAGCUAAGGCUCGCACGCAGGAUUCGAGAGGCGCUGCUGCAAUCGGGUGUGCUCACUGGGAUACCGCGAGUGAUCGACAGCUGCAUCGCGCUGAACACGGUCAUGCCUGAGGAUUUGCGAGACUCGAAGCCACAGAGGAACACAAAGAGGAGCAUGGAGGAUCUGGAAGAAAGCGGCCGGAAGCUCUUCCACUCCAUGUACCGUGACACUGCAGACGGCGUGCAGAGUCUGCUCGACUCUGCCUACCAGGAUCUUGGUUGGUGGUGUAACACAAUCGGCUACGGCGUAACCUACGGUGGUACAACCCUGCUUACACAGGUCGAGACGUCCUUCACGAUCGUCGCGGCCCUUAUCGCCGUAGACGCGCCUCGCCAAAUUGUAUGGCACCUCGCGAAUGCCCAACAUGGCGGCGCGACACUGGAGGAGGCAAAGGCCGUGCGGCAGAUUGCGAUGACCGUUGCGGAGAAGUCUGGCGUUGUGUGGAAGGCAGGUGUGCCAGAGGCCAUCUAG